AUGAGGAGGUGGUGGCUCGCCGUGGCGGCCUGCGUGUGCGCCUGCCUGUGCGCGGCGGCAGAGGCGAAGGCGACGACACACCACCACACGUGGAACGUGACUUACCAGCACAGGUCGCCGGACUGCGUCACGAAGCUGGCCGUGACCAUCAACGGCGAGUCGCCCGGGCCGACCAUCCGCGCCGCGCAGGGCGACACCCUCGUCGUCACCGUCCACAAUAUGCUCGAGACCGAGAACACCGCCAUCCACUGGCACGGCAUCCGCCAGAUUGGUAGCCCGUGGGCCGACGGCACCGCCGGCGUGACGCAGUGCCCCAUCCUCCCCGGCGAGACCUUCACCUACAGAUUCGUCGUCGACAGACCGGGCACGUACAUGUACCACGCGCACUACGGCAUGCAGCGCGUGGCGGGGCUCGACGGGAUGCUCGUCGUGUCGGAGCCGGACGGCGCCGCCGAGCCCUUCGCCUAUGACGAGGAGCGCACCGUCCUCCUCAUGGACUGGUGGCACAAGAGCGUCUACGAGCAGGCCGUCGGCCUCGCCUCCAUCCCCUUCGCCUUCGUCGGCGAGCCCCAGUCGCUGCUGAUCAACGGGAGAGGGGUGUACAACUGCUCGCUGUCGGCGGCUAGCGGCGGCGCCGGCGCCGGCGGCGGAGCGUGCAAUGCGUCCGGUCCCGAGUGUGUGUGGCCGACGCUGUUCACCGCCGUGCCGGGGAAGACGUACCGCCUCCGCAUCGGCAGCCUGACGUCGCUGUCGUCGCUCAGCUUCGGGAUCGAGGGGCACACGAUGACGGUGGUGGAGGCCGACGGGUACUAUGUGAAGCCGGUGGUGGUGAAGAACCUCUUCGUCUACUCCGGCGAGACCUACUCCGUGCUGGUCACCGCCGACCAGGACCCGUCGCGGAGCUACUGGGCCACGUCGCACAUCGUCAGCCGCGACCCCACCAGGACGUCGCCGGGAAGGGCCGUCCUGAGGUACGCCACCGCCGCCGCCGGCGGGAGCAGCAACGACCCCCGCGCGCUGCCUCCGACGCCGCCUCCGGCGGGGCCAGCGUGGAACGACACGAGGAGCAGGGUCGCGCAGAGCAACUCCUUCGUCGCGCUCCCCGGCCACGUCGAGCCGCCGCCGGCGAGGCCCGACCGCGUCCUCCUCCUCCUCAACACGCAGGACAAGAUCGACGGCCACACCAAGUGGGCCAUCAACGGCGUGUCCCUCCAGUUCCCGGCCACCCCCUACCUCGUCGCCAUGAAGCACGGCCUCCGCAGCGAGUUCGACCAGCGCCCGCCGCCGGACAGCUACGACCACAAGAACGUCAGCAUCUCCUCCCCGCCGCAGGCGGCCGCGACGGUGCGCCGCGCCGCGUACCGCCUCGCCCUCGGCUCGGUGGUGGACAUGGUGCUGCAGAACACGGUGAUCCCGGCGAACAACCGGAGCGAGACCCACCCGUGGCACCUCCACGGCCACGACUUCUGGGUGCUCGGCUACGGCGACGGCAAGUUCGACCCGGAGGCCGACGGCUGGAGGCUGAACGCGAGGGACCCCGUGAUGAAGAACACGGUGGCGCUGCACCCGAUGGGGUGGACGGCGGUGAGGUUCCGGGCGAACAACCCCGGCGUGUGGCUGUUCCACUGCCACCUCGAGUCGCACGUCUACAUGGGCAUGGGCGUCGUCUUCGAGGAGGGCGUCGACAUGCUGCCGCGGCUGCCGGCGGCGAUCAUGGGUUGCGGCCGCACCAAGGGCCAUCACUACUAG